CUGGGGCUGAUGGGAGUUGGAGUCCAACAUCACCAGGAGGGCCAGGUUCCUCAUCUCUGCACUAGAAGCACCAGUAGAUAGCAGCACAUGCCUUAAAUAUUGCUUUCUGAAAGAUAAAAGUAAUUACUCUUCUGAGAACACUGAAUAGCAGUAUUACAAGCAGAGUGGUCUUUGUCCUUUCAAAAACAACUUAUUAAUCAGAAGAAGACUGUGGAGUCUCUGACACAGCAGUGAAGAACAAUGAGUGCUACAGAAGAAGCUGCAACGUUGAAAAUCCUAUUUCAGCACCAGUAUGGAUUCCUAACUUCAAAGAUUAUGUUUACUGCCUCUGAGUUUGGCAUAUUUGAUCUGCUGAUGGAGUCUGGGGAGUUCUUGACCUCAGCAACGAUAGCUGAACGUCUGGGCACCAGCGCUAUUGGGAUGGAGAGGUUGCUGGAGGCCUGUGUGGGCUUAAAGUUCCUGCAAGUGGAGAGAAAGGACAACCAAACUCUUUAUGGAAACACGGACUUUGCCAAUCUCUAUCUUGCCAAAUCAGGCUCAAAGUCUCAGUAUCAUUACAUGAAGAUUAAUUCUGUUUUUGGCUAUCAGAGUAUGCAGUACUUGGCUGAUGCUGUGAGGGAAGGAAAAAAUCAGAAUGACAGAAUACAUGGCAUUUCAUCAAACUGUGACUUUUAUGAGACUAUUUACAGAUCAGAGAGUGGGUUGCAAAGACCCUUCAUGGAUGCUAUGAAUGCCACGUGGAGUCUGUUUGGUCGAGAUGUGAUGACUGCAUUUGAUCUUUCUCAUUUCCCAUUUGUUUGUGACGUGGGAGGAUGUAGUGGUUCCUUUGCCAAGGAAUAUAUUUCAUUGUAUCCAAAUUCUACAGUAACAAUUUUAGAUCUACCUGAAAUAGUGGAAACAGCAAAGAACCAUUAUGUGUCUUCUGAAGAUCACCGGAUUACUUUCCAUGAAGCGGAUUUUUUUAAAGAUCCAAUUCCAGAAGCUGACCUGUAUAUUUUGGCUAGGAUCUUGCAUUGUUGGGGUGAUGAGAAGUGUGUGCAGCUGCUAACCAAACUGCAUAAUGCCUGCAAACCUGGUGGUGGCGUGUUAGUAGUGGAAACGGUUCUCAAUGAAGACAGAAGUGGGCCUUUAGAAGCCCAACUGUUUGCCAUGCAGCUGCUGUUGCAUACCGAAGGAAAAGAACGGUCCCCAUCAGAGUACAACGUGCUCCUCAGUGCAGCUGGCUUCAAGGAGAUUCAGCUAAAGAAAAGAAUCCGCUAUGAUGCCAUUUUAGGAAGAAAGUAACGUUGUCCCUGCUUCAUUCUUGUUCAAUUCUAGAGGAAGUUGGAAUAAUAAAUGUUUUUGUUUUAUCCUAAAUAUUCAGCUCACAUAUUUCAAAACAAGAAAAUAUGACAGCACAACAGUGUUUAUUUCACCAAUAAAUAAACUGCAAUAUCCUUUGAAAUAGA